CCGUAUUAUCUCGUUCGCCAGCAAGAGUUUAUCGGAGGUAGAAAAAAGGUACUCUCAAACAGAAAAGGAAAGUCUCGCGUUAGUCUGGGCGGUAGAAAAGUUUUAUUUUUAUUUGAUCGGAUUAGAAUUUGACCUAGUAACAGACCACAAACCUCUGGAGGCUAUAUUUAAGCCCACUUCCAGACCUCCAGCCCGCAUCGAAAGGUGGCUUCUACGCCUACAAUCUUACCGUUUCCGAGUCGUGUAUAAGCCAGGAAAAGAAAACAUCGCAGACUCAUUGUCGAGACUGUCCCAGGAAACCGAGUCAAACUCAUUCGAUUGGCAGGGGGAGAAAAACAUUUUUCAUAUCGUCUCAAAUUCAAUUCCAGUUUCGUUAUCAAUCUCAGAGAUAGCAGAAAGUAGUACUCAUGAUGAGGGGAUAAUGGAUGCAAUGACGUGCCUAAAGGAGGAUUCGUGGAAGCUAGCUACAUCGAGUCCAUUCUAUCCGUUUCGAUUUGAAGUGUCGACGCUCGGUAAUUUGCUGCUAAGAGGAACAAAGAUAGUGAUUCCGAAAAAUCUGCGACGGAAAGUGUUGGAGUUAGCACAUGAGGGUCACCCAGGCGAGACUGCAAUGAAGCGGCGACUCCGAUCGAAAGUAUGGUGGCCACGAAUGGACAGAGAAGCUGAAGAGUUCGUUAAAACCUGUCGUAGCUGCAUUUUGGUGUCUGCUCCGGUACGUCCGGCCCCAAUGAAGAGGCACUCGUUUCCAAAUGGCCCAUGGAAGUGUUUGGCAACCGAUCUGUUAGGCCCGCUACCAAACGGAGAAUACAUUUUGGUACUAAUCGAUUAUUACUCUCGAUAUAUGGAGUACAAAAUAACGAGGAGCAUCACAUCAAAAAUUAUAAUAAACGAGAUGGAGGAAAUUUUCGCAAGGCUAGGUUUUCCCCAAACAUUAACAGCGGACAACGGUCGCCAGUUUAUAAGCGCGGAAUUCAAAGGAUUUUGUACAACAAACGGGAUCGAGUUGCGUACAACUCCUCCAUAUUGGCCACAAGCGAACGGCGAGGUGGAGAAUAUGAAUAAAUCGCUGGUUAAACGUCUCAAAAUCGCAUAUGCGAGUAGAAAUAACAAUAAGGAGUUGCAAAAGUUCGUUCUUAUGUAUAAUGUAACACCGCAUAGUACAACGGGUGCAGCUCCAACCCAGCUGAUGUACAAUCGGACGAUUCGAGAUAAAAUUCCCGGAAUUGAGGAUAUUUCGGAUCAGGAUGUGGACUCGGAGGAAAGAGAUAGGGACAUGUGCCAGAAAGAAAAAGGGAAGAAGCUAACACCAACGUUCGAUCCAACGGUUUACGAGGUGACCAGCAGAGACGGUGAUGUGGUCCAGGUAACCGGAAAUGGGAAGUCGUAUACCAGGAACGCCAGUCACCUCAAGAAAGUCGAAUCCUCUGCUGCAGUUCAGCCGGAGAAGGGCCAGUCCCCGAAAAGGACUGAUGAAUCAUUCCCGGCCAAACCAAUUGACGCGGAGCUCACCUCACAGAUGCCACAGGGAGGUCUAAAACUGCGUCUGAAAAAAAAGGAGAGAUGUGGGAACCCGUGUCAGCUGAUCGGGAUUCGAGCCCAACACGGGAUACAUAAACUCACCACGACGCUUGUUGAAUCGCGUCGUAUGUUGAGUUCAAGAAGGAGUCGACGAUAAGCAACGAAAGCGAGCGGUAGCGAGCAAUAGCGACUGUUUAAUAAAAGUUAUUAAAACUA